CCUGGAAAUCCACCCAGAACCUUCAGCCGCCAACACCAUGGUCAACUCCUGUUGUGGCUCCGUCUGCUCUGAGCAGGGCUGUGGCCAGGACAGCUGCUGCCGGCCCAGCUGCUGCCAGCCCAGCUGCUGCAGACCCCAGUGCUGCCAGCCCAGCUGCUGCAUCUCCAGCUGCUGCCGCCCCUCCUGUGGUAGUUCCAGCUGCUGUGGCUCCAACUGCUGCCGCCGCUGCUGGUCCUGCUGCCUGCGCCCUGUGUGCGGCCAGGUGUCCUGCCACACCUCUUGCUACCGCCCCACGUGUGUCAUCUCCACCUGCCCCCGCCCCAUGUGUUGCGCCAUCCCUUGCUGCUGAUCUGUGGCUGUCAUCUCCGUCACAUUACGGACACCUGCCCUAGUCAUAUAACACACAUGGUAGCCACCCAGUGACUGAAAAAAGGGGCUCUUUACCUGCCAAACCCUCUCCUAAUGUGGCCUUCAGAGUUGCAUUCAGUUCUCCUGUAAAAAAGCAGAUGGGAACACAUUUGUUAAAAGAUUUUUAAGCCACACCCAAAAUACAUCUAUUUUUAGGCAAGCAAUGUCUGUAUGCUAAUUGUGAUGAUCUCACAGAGCAUUGUUUCCAGGUAUUCUCAAUAAACAGUCA